GAAAACCCCCAAUUUCCUCUGAAAAACUUGUUCAAUCGCAAUUUUCAUCCAAUUUUUCUUCCGAUUCCUUUGAGUUUAUUCUAUCUCAAAAACAGUUAAUCCAUUAAUCACUCACGAUCUUGAUUUGAUUUUGAUGAUAGUAUCGAAUAACCCGAAGAUGGUUGCUGAAGCAGCAGAGCUUUUGUGCGAGCAGACCAUAUGUUCUGUUCAAUUUAAUAUAUCUGUACCGGAAUCCGACUCUGUUUCAGCUGAAUCCGCUUCCGUCUCUAUCGAUGUCGUUUCGAUUUCCGAUUCGGCUGUGAGCUGCGCAGCUAGUAUUCAAACCACACUUGUGGAAUCAAAUUUCAGUCCAAGCAUCCGGUCAGGGAGUCACACAGAUAUCGGACCCCGCAGAUCUAACGAGGAUGAACACAUUCGAAUUGAUGAUCUAUCUAACCAGUUGGGUCCCCUUUAUAGGUGGCCUCUCCCAAGUUCUUUUUAUGCCGUUUUUGAUGGUCAUGGAGGGUCUGAAGCUGCAUCAUAUCUUAAAGAUCAUGCAAUGAAAUUAUUCUUCAUAGAUUCUGAUUUACCACAAACUGCAGAUAUCGACGAAUUAUUCUUGGAAAAGCUGGAAAAUUCUCAUUGUAAAGCAUUUUUACAAGCUGACCAAGCUUUGGCUGACGAAUGUAGCAUCAGAGAUGAUUGUGGGACAACGGCUUUAACCGCUUUGAUUCUCGGGAGGCAUUUACUGAUUGCAAAUGCUGGUGACUGUCGUGCAGUGCUUUGUAGAAAAGGUGUUGCAAUGCAAAUGUCCCAAGAUCAUAGGCCGAGUUUCUUGGAAGAGAAGAGACGGGUGGAGGCUUUGGGUGGUUUUAUCGAGGAAGGGUACCUGAAUGGCGAACUUGCAGUCACACGUGCCCUUGGAGAUUGGUACAUGAAAUCACCCAUCGGCUUUGAAUCGCCUCUGACUGCGAGACCAGAUGUGAUGCAAACCGUUUUAACCGAAGACGAUGAGUUUUUGAUCAUCGGGUGUGACGGGAUUUGGGACGUCAUGACGAAUCAAGAAGCAGUUGCCCUUGUUCGACGGCAACUUAGACUGUACGACGACCCACAGUGUUGUGCCCGAGAGCUUGUGAAUCAAGCUUUACGCCGUGAUACGAGUGAUAAUCUGACAGCUAUCGUUGUUUGCUUUUCAUCGGCGGCGGCAGGGCACUCGGGUGGUCGUCAGAGGCCGAGGUUUAGAUGUAGCGGUUUGACGGAAGAAGCUCGAGAUAGAUUGCAGAAUCUUCUGGAAGGCAACUGAAGAAUGUGAAUAGGAGGAUUCAUUUAUUUGAUGGUUAUUAUGGUAUCUGUCUGUCUGUUUUGUGGCUGUUUCAGAUGGAAAAAAACAGCCUGAAAUUUUGUAGUAGAAUUCAAUACACACAAGCAAGAGUAAGAGUGAGUUUGUAAGCACUUUUGAUUCUGUUUGGUAUGAUUGAUUUUGGUGCUUGGUUUUCAAGUCAUUUUUU